AUGUUGGAGAAGAAAACUAUCAAAGCCGUAAUUCUCAUUGGGGGUCCUGCUAAAGGUACACGAUUUCGACCACUUUCUUUGGAAAUGCCGAAACCACUGUUCCCGAUUGCCGGGUAUCCCAUGAUUUACCACCACAUUGAAGCAUUUUCAAAGAUACCCAACAUGAAGGAGAUCAUUCUCAUUGGGUUUUAUCAGCCAAAUGAAAUUCUCUCCCGACUCAUAAGUGAUGCUGGGAGGGAGUUUGGUAUGAACAUACGCUACUUGCAGGAGUUCACUUCCCUCGGAACAGCAGGUGGAAUAUUCCAAUUUCGGGAUCAAAUAAGUGCUAGUGGUCUGGAUCUUCUCUUUGUCAUGAAUGCUGAUGUUUGUUGUGAUGCUCCACUGCAGGAAAUGGUAGACUUCCACGCUAGUCUUGGUUCUGUUGAUAAAUUCGUGGUCCUCUCAACAGAAGUAUGUUUUUUUUUCUUUAUCACACAUUACGUCGAGAAACCAGACACAUUUGUUAGCGUCCGCAUCAACUGUGGCAUCUAUCUAUUCACUCCGAGCAUCUUCAAAUUUAUUCGUGUAGCCUUUCUGGAGCAUCAAAACCAAAAGUUUAAUGGAUUUUUGAUGUGUGAAAGGUGA